AUGGCUUCACCGCCAAAACCAUGGGAAAGAGGUGGCGCUGCAAUUAGUGCUGCACUCCCAAGUCCUGCCAUGACUUCGACUACUUCUGCUACAUCGGGCAGCUCAGCUGGACCAUCGGUCUUAUCAUCCACAACUAGUACUUCCUCGGGCGCACCAGCCAUACCCCAACGGCCAUCCACUCUCGUGGAUACCGUCAAUCAAAACGCUUCCGCAUACUCUCCAUACGGCGCAAAUAGACCAGGAGCUGUAGGGGCCUCGCCAUAUGGUAUGGGAGGUAUGGGAGGUAUGGGAUCAUAUUCGUCGCCGUACUCAAGAAUGGGAGGGAUGGGAGGUAUGGGAGGCAUGGGAGGCAUGGGAGGAUAUGGUAUGGGAGGAGGGUAUGGAUCUAUGUAUGGCGGAGGAGGUAUGGGCGGAAUGUAUGGGAACAUGGGAGGAAUGGGUCCAAAUGAUGCCAACAGUUUAACCCAGGGCUUCACGCAGAGCACACAGGCUACUUUCCAAAUAAUCGAAAGUAUAGUUGGAGCGUUUGGAGGAUUUGCUCAAAUGUUAGAGAGCACCUAUAUGGCUACACACUCUAGCUUUUUUGCGAUGGUAUCCGUUGCUGAACAGCUCGGAAACUUGCGCAGUACCCUUGGAUCCAUCCUAGGAAUAUUUACCAUGAUGCGCUGGUUGCGCACUCUUUUCGCGAAAGUCACAGGCCGUCCUAUGCCUGCGGAUGCCACUUCCUUAACACCUUCCGCAUUUGCCUCUUUCGAAGGUCGCAAACUACUCCCAGAUGGUAGCUCCCCACCUCGUCCAUCCAAAAAGCCUUUCUUCUUCUUCAUAGCAGCCGCUUUCGGCCUCCCAUACCUCAUGGGUAAACUGAUUAAAGGCCUCGCUGCCUCCCAAGAAGAAGAGAAAAAACGACAACUUGCAUCGGGACAUCUAAUGGGUCCUGACGGCCAACCUGUUCCUGCACAACUCGACCCUUCAAAACUCGAAUUCUGCCGUGUCUUAUAUGAUUUUACACCCGAAUCCGGCGCCGCGGUUCAAGGUGUGGAUCUCGAUGUCAAGAAAGGAGAUUUAGUAGCAGUAAUCAGCAAAAGCGACCCGAUGGGCAAUCCAUCCGAAUGGUGGCGCUGCCGUGCUCGAGAUGGUCGCAUGGGAUACCUCCCCGGUGUAUACCUGGAAGUAGCAAGGCGACCUGGUCAAGCUAUUGCGGAAAUCAAGAGUGCGAGUCAAAGUGGAAGUCGCACGAGUACCUUGACCAGUUCAAGUAUUGGCCAUGCUAACCCAGCAAAAGCAAUGGUGGCCCCUCCUGCUGUAGCUGGAAAGGCAGGUGAUAUUGGAGUAGAGAGUUUUCAGAAAAGCCAAUUUCACUCGUAG